UAUUUAAUCACCAAGUUCAACAUUAUAUACAACUUGAGACAUCACUGAUAAGCAUACACACAAGCAACACAAUUUUCAGAAAGACAGAAAAAAAUGGGUAGCAUAUCCAACAGAUGGAAGACACUAAGUGGAGAAGACAAUUGGUUAGGCCUGUUAGAUCCUCUAGACAUCGAUCUCCGGCGAUACAUCAUCCACUAUGGGGAGAUGGCUCAGGCAGCACGAGAUGCUUUUAAUUCUGAGAAGGCAUCAAAGCACGCUGGAAAUAGCCUAUACAGUCGUAGUAAUCUUUUGUCAAAAGUUGAAAUCGAGCAAGGAAACCCUUUUAGGUACGAAGUGACAAAAUAUUUCUAUGGAACAUCGUCAGUUCCCCUUCCUUCCUUUCUUGUGAAGUCAUUGUCCAGGGAGGCCUGGAGCAAGGAAUCAAACUGGAUAGGGUACGUGGCGGUGGCUACUGAUGAAGGGAAGGCGGCGUUAGGGAGGAGAGACAUCGUGAUUUCAUGGAGAGGCACAGUUCAAACCAUGGAAUGGAUUAAUGAUCUGAAAUUUGUGUCAGUUUCGGCUCCAGAAAUAUUUAAAGGGAAUGAUGAUAUCAAAAUUCAAGAUGGUUGGCAUUCAAUCUACACCACUGCUGAUCCCCGAUCCCCUUUUAACAAAACAAGUGCCCGGCACCAAGUUCUUGAAGAGGUGAGUCGAUUAGUUGAAUUAUACAAGAAUGAGGAACUAAGUUUAACAGUAGUCGGACAUAGCAUGGGUGGAGCACUUGCCACGCUUAAUGCUGUUGAUAUUGUCUCAAACGGAUUCAACAAGACGAUGAGUAUGCCUAGCAAGACAUUUCCAGUGACCGCUUUUGUUUUUGCUAGCCCUCGUGUGGGUGACUCAGACUUUCAUAAGUUCUUUUCUUCACACAAAGAUAUCCAUGUCCUACGCAUUCAAAAUGCAAAUGAUGUGGUUCCACACUACCCAUUGAAGAUAGGGUACUUGCAUGUCGGAGAAGAGUUGGCGAUUGAUACAACUAAGUCGCCGUAUUUGAAGAGUCCUGGAGACAUACAAAGAUGGCAUGACAUGGAGAGUUAUUUACAUGGGGUCGCGGGUACACAAGGUAGCAAUGGAGGGUUCAAUUUAGAAGUUAGACGUGAUAUUGCGCUAGUAAACAAAUAUUCAGAUGGUUUGAAGGAUGAAUAUCACGUGCCUUCUUUUUGGUGGGUUCAGAAGCACAAGGGGAUGGUUCGACAUGCAGAUGGGUCGUGGUUGUUGAUGGAUCAUGAACAUGAUGAUGGUACGUCGAAAUAGGAAAAUUAUAAGUCAUUUGU